AUGAGUUCAGACCAGGAAAUGGCCAUUUUCGGGGAGGCGGCUCCAUACCUCCGGAAGUCUGAAAAGGAGCGCAUUGAGGCCCAGAAUAGGCCCUUUGAUGCCAAGACGUCAGUCUUUGUGGCGGAGCCCAAAGAAUCUUUUGUGAAAGGGACUGUCCAGAGCAGAGAAGGAGGGAAAGUGACAGUGAAGACCGAAGCGGGAGCAACUCUGACGGUGAAAGAGGACCAAGUCUUCCCCAUGAACCCUCCCAAGUAUGACAAGAUCGAGGACAUGGCCAUGAUGACUCACCUGCACGAGCCUGCUGUGCUGUACAACCUCAAAGAGCGUUAUGCAGCCUGGAUGAUCUAUACCUACUCAGGUCUGUUCUGUGUCACUGUCAACCCCUACAAGUGGCUGCCAGUGUACAACGCAGAGGUGGUGACGGCCUACAGAGGCAAGAAGCGCCAGGAGGCCCCGCCGCACAUCUUCUCCAUCUCUGACAAUGCCUAUCAGUUCAUGCUGACAGAUCGGGAGAAUCAGUCCAUCUUAAUCACAGGAGAAUCUGGUGCGGGGAAGACCGUGAACACGAAGCGUGUCAUCCAGUACUUUGCAACAAUUGCAGUCACUGGGGACAAGAAGAAGGAGGAAGUUACUUCUGGCAAAAUACAGGGGACCCUUGAAGAUCAGAUCAUCAGUGCCAACCCCUUACUGGAGGCCUUUGGCAACGCCAAGACUGUGAGGAAUGACAAUUCCUCUCGCUUUGGUAAAUUCAUUAGAAUCCACUUUGGUACCACAGGGAAGCUGGCUUCUGCAGAUAUUGAAACAUAUCUUCUAGAGAAGUCUAGAGUUACUUUCCAGCUGAAAGCGGAAAGAAGCUACCACAUUUUUUACCAGAUCAUGUCUAACAAGAAGCCAGACCUAAUCGAAAUGCUCCUGAUCACCACCAACCCAUAUGACUAUGCUUUCGUCAGUCAAGGGGAGAUCACAGUCCCCAGCAUUGAUGACCAAGAGGAGCUGAUAGCCACAGAUAGUGCCAUUGACAUCCUGGGCUUCACCUCUGAUGAAAGAGUCUCCAUCUACAAGCUCACGGGGGCCGUGAUGCAUUACGGGAACAUGAAGUUCAAGCAGAAGCAGCGGGAGGAGCAGGCCGAGCCAGAUGGCACUGAAGUCGCUGACAAGGCGGCCUACCUCCAGAGCCUGAACUCUGCUGACCUGCUAAAAGCCCUCUGCUACCCCAGGGUCAAGGUCGGCAACGAGUUUGUCACCAAAGGCCAGACUGUGCAGCAGCAUGUCUUUAAUACGUCAACAAUCACCACUCUGUCCAUGAAGGUGUACAAUGCGGUGGGCGCUCUGGCCAAGGCCGUCUACGAGAAGAUGUUCCUGUGGAUGGUCACCCGCAUCAACCAGCAGCUGGACACCAAGCAGCCCAGGCAGUACUUCAUUGGGGUCCUGGACAUUGCCGGCUUUGAGAUCUUUGAUUUUAACAGCCUGGAGCAGCUGUGCAUCAACUUCACCAAUGAGAAACUGCAACAGUUCUUCAACCACCACAUGUUCGUGCUGGAGCAGGAGGAGUACAAGAAGGAGGGCAUUGAGUGGGAGUUCAUCGACUUCGGGAUGGACCUGGCUGCCUGCAUUGAGCUCAUCGAGAAGCCCAUGGGGAUCUUCUCCAUCCUAGAAGAGGAGUGCAUGUUCCCCAAGGCCACAGACACCUCCUUCAAGAACAAGCUGUAUGAACAACACCUUGGGAAGUCCAACAAUUUCCAGAAACCCAAGCCUGCCAAAGGCAAGGUUGAGGCACACUUCUCACUGAUCCACUACGCGGGUACUGUGGACUACAACAUUGGUGGCUGGCUUGACAAGAACAAGGACCCCCUGAACGAGACUGUUGUCGGGCUAUACCAGAAGUCUGCAAUGAAGACUCUAGCUAAUCUCUUCUCUGGGGCAACAGCUGCUGAAGCAGAGGCUGGUGGUGGCAAGAAAGGCGGCAAGAAGAAGGGUUCUUCUUUCCAGACCGUGUCUGCUCUCUUCAGGGAGAAUUUGAAUAAGCUGAUGACCAAUCUGAGGAGCACUCACCCCCACUUUGUACGGUGCAUCAUCCCCAAUGAAACCAAAACACCAGGGGCCAUGGAGCAUGAACUUGUCCUGCACCAGCUGAGGUGUAAUGGUGUGCUGGAAGGGAUCCGCAUCUGCAGGAAGGGGUUCCCAAGCAGGAUCCUUUAUGCAGACUUCAAACAGAGAUACAAGGUAUUAAAUGCAAGUGCUAUCCCAGAAGGACAGUUCAUUGACAGCAAGAAAGCUUCUGAGAAGCUCCUUGGGUCCAUCGAUGUGGACCACACCCAGUAUAAAUUUGGUCACACCAAGGUCUUUUUCAAAGCUGGUCUUCUGGGGCUCCUAGAGGAGAUGCGAGAUGACAAGCUAGCCCAGCUGAUUACCCGAACCCAGGCCAGGUGCAGAGGGUUCUUGGCAAGAGUGGAGUACCAGAAGAUGGUGGAGAGAAGAGAGUCCAUCUUCUGCAUCCAGUACAACAUCCGUGCUUUCAUGAAUGUCAAGCACUGGCCCUGGAUGAAGCUGUAUUUCAAGAUCAAGCCACUCCUCAAGAGUGCAGAGACAGAAAAGGAGAUGGCCAACAUGAAGGAAGAGUUUGAGAAGACCAAAGAAAGCCUUGCAAAAGCUGAGGCCAAAAGGAAAGAGCUAGAAGAGAAAAUGGUUGCUCUCAUGCAAGAGAAAAAUGACCUGCAGCUUCAGGUCCAAGCUGAAGCAGAUAGCUUGGCUGAUGCAGAAGAGAGAUGUGACCAGUUGAUUAAAACCAAAAUCCAGCUGGAGGCGAAGAUCAAGGAGGUGACUGAGAGAGCAGAGGAUGAGGAGGAGAUCAAUGCUGAGCUGACGGCCAAGAAGAGGAAACUGGAAGAUGAGUGUUCAGAGCUCAAGAAAGAUAUUGAUGACCUUGAGCUGACCCUGGCCAAGGUUGAAAAGGAGAAGCAUGCCACAGAGAACAAGGUGAAAAACCUCACAGAAGAGAUGGCAGGCCUGGAUGAAACCAUCGCAAAGCUGACCAAGGAGAAGAAGGCCCUCCAAGAGGCCCACCAGCAGACCCUGGAUGACCUGCAGGCAGAAGAGGACAAAGUCAACACCCUGACCAAAGCUAAAAUCAAACUUGAACAACAAGUAGAUGAUCUUGAAGGAUCCUUGGAACAAGAAAAGAAAAUCCGAAUGGAUCUAGAAAGAGCAAAGAGGAAGCUAGAGGGAGACCUAAAAUUGGCUCAAGAAUCCACAAUGGAUAUCGAAAAUGACAAACAGCAACUUGAUGAGAAACUCAAAAAGAAAGAGUUUGAAAUGAGCAAUCUGCAAAGCAAGAUUGAGGAUGAGCAGGCUCUAGCAAUGCAGCUACAGAAAAAGAUCAAGGAGUUACAGGCCCGCAUCGAGGAGCUGGAGGAGGAAAUCGAGGCAGAGCGCGCCUCCAGGGCCAAAGCAGAGAAGCAGCGCUCUGACCUCUCCCGGGAACUGGAGGAGAUCAGCGAGCGCCUGGAAGAAGCUGGCGGGGCCACAUCUGCCCAGAUUGAGAUGAACAAGAAGCGGGAGGCCGAGUUCCAGAAGAUGCGCAGGGACCUGGAGGAGGCCACCCUGCAGCACGAAGCCACAGCGGCUACACUGAGAAAGAAGCACGCGGACAGCGUGGCCGAGCUCGGGGAGCAGAUAGACAACCUGCAGAGGGUCAAGCAGAAGCUGGAGAAGGAGAAGAGCGAGAUGAAGAUGGAGAUUGAUGACCUUGCCAGUAACAUGGAGACUGUCUCCAAAGCCAAGGGGAACCUUGAAAAGAUGUGUCGCACUCUAGAAGAUCAGGUGAGUGAACUUAAGACCAAGGAAGAGGAGCAGCAACGGCUAAUCAAUGACCUGACGGCUCAAAGAGCGCGUCUGCAGACAGAAUCAGGUGAAUAUUCACGCCAGCUAGAUGAAAAGGACUCAUUAGUUUCUCAGCUCUCCAGGGGCAAACUAGCAUUCACACAGCAGAUCGAGGAACUGAAAAGGCAGCUUGAAGAGGAGAUAAAGGCCAAGAGUGCUCUGGCUCAUGCCCUGCAAUCAGCCCGCCACGACUGUGACCUGCUGCGGGAACAGUAUGAGGAGGAGCAGGAGGGCAAGGCCGAGCUGCAGAGGGCAAUGUCCAAGGCCAACAGUGAGGUGGCCCAGUGGAGGACCAAAUAUGAGACGGACGCCAUCCAGCGCACAGAGGAGCUGGAGGAGGCCAAAAAGAAGCUGGCCCAGCGUCUACAGGAUGCUGAGGAGCAUGUAGAAGCUGUGAACGCCAAAUGUGCUUCCCUGGAGAAGACAAAGCAGCGGCUCCAGAAUGAGGUGGAGGACCUCAUGAUUGACGUAGAGAGAACCAAUGCAGCCUGUGCCGCCCUGGACAAAAAGCAGAGGAACUUCGACAAGAUCCUGGCAGAAUGGAAACAGAAGUAUGAAGAAACUCAUGCUGAACUUGAAGCUUCCCAAAAGGAGUCCCGUUCCCUUAGCACAGAGCUGUUUAAGAUUAAGAAUGCUUAUGAGGAAUCUUUAGACCAACUUGAAACCCUGAAGCGGGAAAAUAAGAACUUGCAACAGGAGAUUUCUGACCUCACUGAGCAGAUUGCAGAAGGAGGGAAACGCAUCCAUGAACUGGAGAAGAUAAAGAAACAAGUGGAACAGGAAAAGACUGAACUUCAGGCUGCUUUAGAGGAGGCAGAGGCAUCUCUUGAACAUGAAGAGGGAAAGAUUCUGCGCAUCCAACUGGAGCUGAACCAAGUCAAGUCUGAGAUUGACAGGAAAAUCGCAGAAAAGGAUGAGGAAAUUGACCAGCUGAAGAGAAACCACAUCAGGGUCGUGGAGUCGAUGCAGAGCACUCUGGAUGCCGAGAUCAGGAGCAGGAAUGAUGCCAUCAGGCUCAAGAAGAAGAUGGAGGGAGACCUCAAUGAGAUGGAAAUCCAGCUGAACCAUGCCAACCGCAUGGCUGCAGAGGCCCUGAGGAACUACAGAAAUACCCAAGGCAUCCUCAAAGACACCCAGAUCCACCUGGAUGACGCCCUCCGGGGCCAGGAGGACCUGAAGGAGCAGCUGGCCAUGGUGGAGCGCAGAGCCAACCUGCUUCAGGCUGAGAUUGAGGAGCUGAGGGCCACUCUGGAGCAGACGGAGAGGAGCAGGAAAAUUGCAGAACAGGAGCUCCUGGAUGCCAGUGAGCGCGUCCAGCUCCUCCACACUCAGAACACUAGCCUGAUCAACACCAAGAAGAAGCUGGAGACAGACAUUUCCCAGAUCCAGGGAGAGAUGGAGGACAUCGUCCAGGAAGCCCGCAAUGCAGAGGAGAAGGCCAAGAAGGCCAUCACCGACGCGGCCAUGAUGGCUGAGGAGCUGAAGAAGGAGCAGGACACCAGUGCCCACCUGGAGCGGAUGAAGAAGAACAUGGAGCAGACGGUGAAGGACCUGCAGCAUCGUCUGGAUGAGGCUGAGCAGCUGGCCCUGAAGGGCGGGAAGAAACAGAUCCAGAAACUGGAGGCCAGGGUCCGUGAACUUGAAGGAGAAGUUGAAAGUGAACAGAAGCACAACAUUGAAACUGUCAAGAGUCUACGCAAACAUGAGAGGAGAGUGAAAGAACUAACUUACCAGACUGAGGAAGACCGCAAGAACGUGCUCAGGCUCCAAGAUCUGGUGGAUAAACUGCAAGCGAAGGUGAAAGCUUACAAGAGACAAGCUGAGGAAGCGGAGGAACAAUCCAACGUCAACCUCUCCAAAUUCCGCAAGCUCCAGCACGAGCUGGAGGAGGCCGAGGAGCGGGCUGACAUUGCCGAAUCCCAGGUCAACAAGCUGCGGGUGAAGAGCCGGGAGGUUCACACGAAAAUCAUAAGUGAAGAGUGA